AUAAAAAUGUAAGGGGAUUAAGCUCUUUAUACUCCAGCUAAAAAAAACUGCACAUUUAAAGUGGAUGGUAGGCCAGAUGGAGAAGGGUAUUAUAGAGAUUAAUAAAAGCUAUUUGACUAAGAAUGAUUCAAAAUUUGGAGUAAUAGUAAUUUAGGAAUGGUGGGGAUUAAAUGAAUCAAUGGUUAAAAUAACAGAUAGAAUAGCUCAAAAAGGUUUUUAAUGUAUUUCUCCAGAUAUUUAUAGAGGAAAAAUUGCAUAAAGUAGAGAAGUAUCAUUUAUAUAAUAAUUUUUUUAAGGAAGCUGGUCAUUUAGUUAGUGGUUUAGAUUGGGAAGGAGCAGUAAAAGAUAUUGAAGGAGCAGCAAAAUAUUUAAAAGAAUUAGGAUGUAUUAAAAUUGGUGUUACAGGAUUCUGUAUGGGAGGAGCUCUUGCAAUUGCUUCAAUCUCAUUUACUAAUUAAAUUGAUGCAUCAGUUCCUUUUUAUGGAGUUUGUGAUUUGAAUACUUUUAAAUUAGAAAAUAUCAAUGGACCUAUUUAUGGCCAUUUUGGAGAGAAUGAUGAAAAAAAAGGAUUUUCAUCACCAGAUGAUGCUCAAAGAUUAGUUGAUGCUGGAAAAAAGGCAGGAAAAGAUGUUACAGUAAAGUAAACCUCUAUUUUGUAUUUUCAUAGAAUUUGGCCUGGUGUUGGACAUGCAUUUAUGAAUUAAGAUAGGCCAGAUGUAUAUAAUCCUGAAAUAUCAUAAUAAGCUUUAGAUGAAGUAACUGAAUGGUUUAAAAAGAUAUUCAUAUCAUGA